CAGCCUGGGAUAAGGGACACUGAGAAGCUAGGAGGAGUGCAGCCGUGCAGAGGCUGCUCUCUGGUCUUCACUGUGUAGGUCAGCUGCACUCUCUUUCCAUCCGGAUUGUGGAUUUACAAUUUAACCCUUUAAGACCCAUCAAUAUUCAACCUGUUUGUAGCACCAUCUGUCUGCUUUUCAUAUUGCUGCUAUGUUUUGCUCGUGGAUUUCUGUUAAUCUGUUAAAAAGUAUAUUCUGCUGCUCACACAAGCAAAGCUCUACAUAAACUGCUGCACGUAACAUGCCAUAUUGAUAUAUAAUAUUCUGCUGCGUACAUCACAAACUGGAAUAUCGUUGACGUUUUCUGUUAUUGUUGCUAUUUUUAUUAGCACUAGUUGCUGGAAGCUGUAGUAAAGUGAGGUUAGAAGAUGGGGGGCAAUUUGGGUUGCCACAGGUCCAUUCCUAAGGACCCCUCGGACUUCUGCCAAAAGAAUCGUAAGUUCAGCGCUGCUUGCAACUUCAGCAACAUCCUGGUGAACCAAGAGAGGCUGAAUAUCAACACUGCCACCGAGGAGGAGCUGAUGACUCUUCCUGGGGUGACCAGGCAGGUGGCACAGAAUAUAGUGGAAUACAGGGAGUACAUAGGGGGAUUUAAGAAAGUGGAGGACUUGGCUUUAGUUAGUGGCGUUGGGGCUGCAAAGCUGGAACAGGUGAAGUUUGAGAUCUGUGUGAGCAGUAAAAGUAGCUCAGCACAGCAUUCUCCCAAUUCUUUGAGGAAGGAUGUGGAUCAUGCACACCAUGGGCAGCACCUGUCUGCAGCCAGGGUCAACCUCAACACGGCCACUACUGCCCAGCUGAUGAGCCUCAGAGGGGUAACAGAAGAGAUGGCACAGGGUAUUAUACAGUACCGCAGCCAGAAUGGGCCAUUGAAGAGUGUUGAGGACUUAGUCAAAGUGGACUCUAUUAGCCCCUCCUUCCUAGACAAAGUUAGGCAUCAAGUCUAUGUCCAGAGAUCUCGCCCCCCAUCCACCCACACCAAUGGGGGUCUGCACUUUAUGGCCAAGCCUCACCCUAGCCCAACCUCCUUAAGCCUUCAGAGUGAGGACUUGGACUUUCCACCUGGUGGACCCACUCAGCUGAUCUCCACACGCCCCCCUGUGGAGGUCUUUGGAGGGGUGAGAGAGGGCAAACCCGUGCUUAGGGUGGCCACCUGGAAUCUACAGAACUGCAGUUUGGAUAAAGCCAACAACCCUGGUGUGAGGGAGGUGGUGUGCAUGACUUUGUUAGAGAACAGUAUCAAGCUGUUGGCUGUCCAGGAACUGUCGGACAAAGAUGCACUGGAAAAGUUCUGCUCAGAGUUAAACCAACCAUCUCUCCCGAACAUUCGCAAGUGGAAAGGGGUCAGAGGUUCCUGGAAGUGCAUUAUUUCGGAAAAGCCAUCUUCCUACCCAAACCAGAAAGCGGAAUAUUCUGGAUUUUUGUGGGAUACAACAGCCGGCAUAGAACUGAAGAGUGUCACCCUGCAGGAGAGCUCACAGACCAAUGGCAACGGCCGGCACACAUACCCACACCCCUACAUUGGCUACUACAAGGUUGGAAUGAAUGACGUAACGCUGGUAAACAUUCACUUGUCCCCUCCCGCUGGAGAAAUUGGCAAGCACCAAAGCGACACUCAUAAGUCCUCAACCUUUGGCCAGACAUUGCAGGAAACCUUGAAAGGGGAGAAGGAUGUGAUCAUUUUGGGAAGUUUUAACUUUCCCCCAGACAACAGUGACUUUGAUUCAUUGAGGAAGGAGAAGUUCCACAGUCUGCUCCCUGCAAGCACAUUUACAAACAUAAGCACAAAGAAUCCACAAGGAAAUAAGUCAUCAGAUAACAUCUGGAUUAGUAAAAGCCUAAAAAAGGUGUUCACAGGUUUUUCUUUAGUCGUAAGAGAAGGUCUAACUAAUCCUUGGAUACCCGAUAACUGGUCCUGGGGAGGAGUGGCGUCAGAACACUGCCCUAUAUUAGCGGAAUUUUAUCUUGACAAAGACUCUAAUAGAAAGGAAGUGACUCCAAAAGCAAAUGGCGUCACAGUGGAACGCAACGAUGCAAACACAAAGCACGAAAGAUGAAGUCAUUAAGGAUCCCAUAUCAUUUCAGCGAAAGAAGGAAGAAGGAAUGUUUCUUUGUACAUCCUGACUGUGAAUUCUUAUACAGAAAUGCUAUGCCUUGCAUAUUGUGCAUAUUAUUAUUUGGUUUCCGAUAGGCUACAACCUUUUGAUGCUAUACGCGGAUCUGUUAGAAUAUCCAAUUGCAAUAGAUCAGCUGCCGUCUUAACUUUCUGCCUCGGCCAUGAACACUUGAGCGUUACAUAUGGACGAUUAAUAAACAUGCUCUAGAGAAUAUAAGAGAAAGGAAGAAAAUAUAUUUCUGCAUCUUUGUGAACCAGUUUUUCUUUGUAACUGUAAAACAAUGCAAUAACUAAAGACUUAAAAAAGUUGACCUCUAACACUGUCGAUAACUUUUUCUCAAUUAAAUUAAUGACUACAUAAAACUUUCAAUUAUUAUAAGAACAUGGUGUAACAUGUUGCAUUUUGUUUUUGUGUUGAUCAGUUGUAAGCACUUUAUUGUAACUACAAUCUCUGCAGGGAUUAAAGAAAAAUUUGUAUAAAAAAUAAAUAGCCAUUGAUUCAUAUCAGAA